AUGAAAAGUAGAAUAUGGUCGGAAGCAAGAGUUUACACCAAUGCAAACAAACAAAAAGAUAAAGAAUACUGGGAUUAUGAAAAUACAUCAAUCGAAUGGUCAACCAACAAUAAGGAUUACGAAAUUGAAACAAAAGUUGGUCGUGGUAAAUACUCAGAAGUAUUUAGAGGUGUACAGAUGAAAUCUGGAAAUCAAAUUGUUAUUAAAAUGUUGAAGCCUGUGAAGAAGAAGAAGAUUAAGAGAGAAAUCAAGAUCCUCUUAAAUUUAUCAAAUGAAAAGAAUCCCGUAACGGCUCAACCAUUUAAAAUUGAAAACUAUUAUACAAAUAAAAAAGAUAGCGUUAUGCAAUUUAAGAGAGACUUCCUGUACGACUUACCUCAUAAUGGACAUGAUAAUAUUAUACAACUAUUUGACAUAAUUAAAGAUCCAAUAUCUAGAACGCCUGCAUUGAUUUUUGAAUAUAUUGAAAAUGUGGAUUUCCGUAUCUUAUAUCCAAAAUUGACUGACUAUGACAUGAGAUACUACAUGAUGGAACUUCUGAAGGCCUUAGACUACUGUCAUUCCAUGGGUAUUAUGCAUAGAGAUGUCAAACCACACAACGUCAUGAUUGAUCACAAACAGAGAAAAUUGAGAUUAAUCGAUUGGGGUCUUGCUGAAUUUUACCACAUUAAUAUGGAAUAUAAUGUUAGAGUUGCGUCUAGGUUCUUUAAAGGUCCAGAAUUGUUAGUUGAUUACAGAAUGUAUGAUUACUCAUUAGAUAUGUGGUCGUUCGGUACUAUGCUUGCAUCCAUGAUCUUCCAAAAAGAACCAUUUUUUCAUGGUACAAGUAACACUGAUCAGUUAGUAAAGAUUGUCCGUGUUCUAGGAAGCGAUGAUUUCGAAAAAUACCUAGAAAAGUAUGAAAUUGAACUACCAAAAGAAUUCCAUGAUAUGGACCAAUAUAUUAGAAGACCAUGGUACAGGUUCAUUAACGAAUCAAAUAAGCAUUUGAGUGGGAAUGAAGCAAUCAUUGACUUGAUUGAUAAUUUACUAAGAUACGACCAUCAAGAGAGACUUACAGCUAGAGAAGCCUUGGGCCAUGAAUGGUUUGCACCUGUAAGGUAA